AGAAACGGGAGAGCCUGGCGUUUGGUGGUGUGUGCUGAGAAGAAAAGUUGUGUGUCCAAUUUGCAGCAGCAGCAGGCCUCGUCUCGUCUCAAGUCUUGGCUCGCGGAAAAGACGGAAAAGCUUCCGCGGAAAAGUCCCAAAGGUGGUCGAUCCGGGUGCUGCGCGGUUCGGUGCGUACGGUGACGGUCAAGUUCCGGUGGGCUAGGAAUCUCCGACCCGUGGAAAGUUCCUCGAUUGUGGCCGAAGGAUUCGUCUCGCGAGGAUUUUCUUCACCAACACACGCACACACACGGGAGAAGUGCACACAAGAAGUGGCUAGGGUAGGGUGGGCUGUUGUGGACCUGGGCGUAAAAUUUGUUGAUAAAAUUUGACGUAAACAUUGCCCCUUGUGGUGGGGGAGGGAAGAUCUUUGUGAUCCUGGUUAGGAGUUUGUUUUGAUCAAAAAGUGACGAGUGUCAAGAAAGGAUCGCUCACCCUAAUCAGCAGCACCAACAACAACAACAAGGUUGAAUUUUGUGAACCAUCGGAUGGGCGGCUGGCUGCUGCCUCUAGAGUGGCCACCACACAGAGCAUAAGCCCCCUCUCGGCCAGCCAAAACCAAGGAAGAGUUUGGCCAACAUCGGAGAGUUUCGCAUGUGUCAAAAGAGGACGUCUCUCAUGCCUUCGUCGACGUCGUGGUCGUAAAAGUGUGUAUUAUUGGAGGAAUCUGUCUCUUUGCUGCUGUUAUAUUUUGACUUGGAUUUUCGUUUAGCGAGAGACUUUACGCAAAAACACAAAAAGCAAUGUGCGAGCUUGGCUGACGUCGUCCAACAAAAGUGAAAAUUGUGCGAACCUGGAACCCGCGGAGGAAGAUUUGUUGACCAACCACCCACUUCCUCCCGCCCCAACAGCAGAAGGAAUCGCACACACCUCCAAAAUCGUCAGAUGUCGAAUCAGCGGAGCAGCAGCAGCGAUAGUUUGUUCACGGAUUCCUCCUGCUAGAGACAGAUCCGCCAGACUCUUGUGAAUGUAUAAAUCAAUAGCACACCUGUACAAACCACAAUGCAAAGUUUGGAACCAGCAUCAUGUCAAGAAGCUGAUUACAUGUUGAAUGAUGCUUACUGUAAACUAAGAAAAUCUCCCUCGCGGCAGCAAACGUUGCUGAUCGAUCCACCGCCACAGUAUCCAAGUCUACCUAGUCCCAUACUGAACGACAGUACGCCGCUGUUCAACACGAGCAGCAGCAGCAGCGGAACCAGCCCGUUGCCCUCGUCGUCAUACGCCACGCUCAGUGGCAUCCAGUCGACAUCGCCGCCGGCCAACCUGCUAGCAGCCUCGUCAUCCUCCUCCUCCUCCGUCUCCUCGUCGGCCUACCUACUCAAAUCUUCCUCCACGAGCAGCCACUACCAUCACCACCACCACCAUCAUCAUCACGUCGACAAGCGGGGAGCCACUGAUUCCGGCUACGUCAGUAGCUCCCCGUCGAAAAAGUCCAAACUUUCUUCCCUAGUGGCCAGUGGUGGCGUUGGCGGCGGCGGCGGCGGUUCCUCGUCAGGGUCUUCAUCAAUCAACAGUUCUUCCGCGGCGAGCGCUAGUAACUAUGGCGGUAGUCAGCAGCAGCAGCAAUAUCAUCUCCAUGGCGGGGGUAGCAGCAGUCCGCAGUUGUCGUCCGCCGGCGGGACGUCCCAUGGGGUGGCGGCGACGGCCACCGCUGGCAAAUACAACAUACAUGACAAACUUAGGGAAUUGUAUCUUGAACUACUAGCUGAGGACAAUACUGAAACUAAUAGGCUUAACUUAAGAAAUACGUCGUUUCUGCUGGAUAAACUGGUGUUGCGGGAGAACCUCAACACGCUGAUCCUAAAUCUCUACCCCGGCAAUAAAGGAUAUUCGUUAGCAUUUAGGAGAGGGCCCGACCAGCAGCAGCAGAGCGAUGGCAGGGGAAAUAUCUCAAAAAGUGGUGCUUUGGCGUCGGAGCGGGCCGGCUCGCCGAGCCCCUCGCUGGCGACGGACAUCAACGCCGAGCAGCUGCAGGAGACGAUCCGGUGGCCGUACGAGGAGGAAGAGCUGCUCGAGUGUAUCGACCGCGAGGAGCUGCCGCUGGUGCUGGUGGACAUGUGCGAGGCCAAGUGCCCCGGGCUGUUCUACUCGGGCUGCGUGAUUGCGGAGAUCCGCGACUACCGGCAGUCGUUUCCGAUCUUCACCUGUGAUACGUACCACGUGCUGCUGAAGCCCACCAAUCAGACCCUGCUGGCCGACGUGAAUCUGCUGACGGCGGAGGGCGACUGGAGCGCCGAGGAGAAGCUGGCCCUCGAAAGUCAGCUGGUGCUUGCGACCGCGGAACCGCUCUGUCUCGACCCGAACCCGGAGGUGGGACGGAUGGCGAUCAACCACCAGCACCGGAGGCAGAUGUUCAACACGAACCCGAUCCGGCGGCAGGCGAAAAAGUUCUCCCAGGUGGCGAUCAACCGCAAGAGGAAAACGGACCAGUUCACGCACAGCUUCGGGCUGGAACUGAGCGACUUCAUGACAAAGUACCGUGCGAAGCCCCGGCAGUACGCGGCCACCAAGCGGAGCGUGGUUAGCUUCACACUGCCCAAGAAGCCGUCGGACGUGAGCUCGACGGUGCGCGUUCCCAGUUUGGAUCUGCCCGAGUUGGCGGCACCCAGCGAAGUGAACGUGGAGAAGUUUGCCCGGAAGUACGACGGUCCGAAGGAGAGCCGAGACUGCAUACCGCAGCUGAUCGAGGAGUACAUUCUGGAAACGGAUCGGGUGGUUAAUCGGGGUGACACCAGGACGUACCACAUCAAGCUGUCGAUCUUCCAGCGGCCGUCCAACUCGGAGUAUCUUGGGGAGCUGUACGUGGACCGGGACUAUCGCGAGAGCGAACGCAACGGCGAAGCUUGUCAGUUUACGCUGGGAACUCGCGCGCAUGCACACCGCUACAUCCAGCAAUUUACGGAGAUAUUCACCGAGGAGGGUCGCAAAUCGGUCAAAAUUACCCAUCUGGUGCCGGGGCAGGUGCCAAAGGUGCUACACACGGCCGGAAUGCGCGAACAAAGUGUUCAACAGCAGCAGCAGCAGCAGCAACAGCAACAACAGCAGCAACAACAAGCAAUGCAAACGAAUCAAUCUCAUAUCCAACAGCAAAUCACGCAAAUUCAGCAACAGUUCCAGUCCAACCCGACGCACGCGUUGAUCACGCGACUGCAAGCAACGAACACCGCGCUGGUCUCGCAGAUUGCUUCAGCCGGCGUCGGUAACGUGGCGACAACGACGACGGCGACGAUCAACGCGACCAAUCCGAGCGUGCUUCCAGGCAAUCAGGCGCCCGUGCAGGUUGUUCAACAGAUCGUUCAGCAGCAGCCCCAAGUGGUGGCGGCCGCUCCGACGCCACAGCAACAGCAACAACAAAUGCAGCAAAUCAUUACCGCCGGACCGUCCACAAACAUCAUCACCAUCGGAGGGGCCACCCUCCAGCCGCAGCAGCAGCAGCAACAACAUCCCCAACAGCUUGCUGUGCAACAGCAAACCAUCGUCGGUCAGCAACAGCAGCAGCAGCAAAUCUUUACCACCUGUGAUACUUCCAGCAGUUCCGGCGUCGCGCAACAACUGCAGCAGGCACAGCCGCAGGCCAACAUCACCAUCCAGCAACAGCAACCUGCCCAGCAGCAGCAGGUUCAGCAAAUUCAAGCACAAGCGCACCCUCAACAGCCCCAGCAACAAACGCUGCUGCUGGUGCAACCUACCGGACAGACCGUUGGCCCGGGCGCACCCGGAACGCAAAACAUUCAAGGCUUUACCUUUACCUCAGCUCCACAAACUGCCACGGUCAUCAAUCAGGGCGCCGUAACGGCGGGUGCCGCCACCGGGAACCGUGUCCCGUUGCUGGUUCGACUCGAGAAUAAACCCUCACAGCAGCAGCAGCAGCAACAACAGCAACAAACGCAGCAUGUCCAGUCCCAGCAGCAGAAUCAAAGCACCACCACUACCAUUCAUACGAACAAUCCGGAAAUUAACGCGAUCGCGCUCAGCAUCAUGAACUCGGCCAACCAGUUUCGUGCCAAUCAGCAGCAGCAGCAGCAGCAACAACAACAACAGCAACAACAACAACAGCAGCAGCAGCAGCAACAACAGAAUAAAUCCAACUCGAACGCUGCGAUCAUUAGCUUGCUGAACAGUGCACCGGCUGCGAUGACCAACUCCCCCGUGCUGAGCAGUAGUUUGUCGGUUCCAGUAAAAACUGAGUUGCACCAAGGCGUUCAGCAGCAACAACCUCAGCAACAUACCAUUCACCACCAUCAGGCCACCGGGACGACCACGAUAUCGAGUAGUGCCGCGGCGGCGUUGUUCAACAGCGUCGGAGCUAGGAAGAUUCAAAUCCAACAGCAGCCGGGUGGAGGCCAGAGAAUACUGAACCACACGAACCUAAUCGCAGUCAGUAGCAAUCCGGCGGGCGGUGGUAUUGGUCAAACCCAGCUCAUCAACAUCCAGCCGGCAAUCGACCAGCAACAACAGCAACAACAACAAUCCCAGCAACAUACCCAACAACAGCAGCAACACAGGGUGACCAUGUCGGCGUUGGCAUCCCAACUGGCGUCCCCUCCGGCGAUCCUAACCACGUCGAAUCUUCCGCAAAGUUUCAACGUUUCGGCGGCAGGCGGCGCCGGCGGCCAGAACUUUGUCAACGCGUCCAACAACACCACCAGCAAGCUGAUCAUCAACAGUACAAAUCAACGGAUAUUGAACAUCAACACGAAUAGCGCCAACAGCUCGUCGACGACGGCGGCCGUGAUGGCCGCGCUGGGGGGCACCAUCCGGCGGGUAAGUGGCCCAGCGGGAGGUGAUGGCUCCGGCGGUGGCAUUCAGCUGCAAAUUCAGGGCGCCGAUGGCAUCCGACGGAUCGCGACCGGCACCGGCAGUGACAUCCAGCUGCAGAUACAGGGAAUUUCGUCGCCCAGCGGGAGUGACCACUCGAACGCGUCCUCGACGACGUCGGUUUCGGUGGGCGGAGGUGGAGGCGGCGGCGGCGGUGGCAUGCAGGUCAACAACGCUGGAACUCCCGCCGGAAACAUCAUCUUCAACAACAUGUCCGGCCUAAGCGCCCUGCUGGCGACCACUUCUCCCUCUUCCCAGCAGCAGCAGCAGCAACAAGUGACGGCGGCGGACGGAACCUUGACAAAUACCGCUAACCUAGGCAGUAACAAUAGUAGUAGCAGCAACUCUAGUAAUAAUAAUUCAGCAUUAAUCGAAAGACUGACUUCAUGUAGUACUAUUAACCUAACCAAUAACCAACAACAACAAUCGCAUCCACAUCCGGCGGCGAGUCCGGCCGGGCUGCAGUUCACGAUACCGUCGCCCAAAACGCCCCAGCAAUCUCAACAGCAAACGCACCUGCAGAUUCAGUCGCCCUCGUCGUCGAUAUCGCCACUUUCUAGUCCUCCGCCGGCGACGCUUCACACGCAACAACAGCAGCAGCAGCAGCACACUCAUCAGACGCCCCACCAAACGACGGUCAAUCUGCAGGGACUGAACCUGGCCAGCCUGCACGGUGCUAUGGCGUCGAUUCCGGGGCUGCAGAAUGUUCAGGUUCAAAUCCCCGGCCUGUCGCAGCCAAUCUCGCUGUCGCUGUCGUCGGCUAGUCCGGCCAACGCCACCGCCAGUGUGCUGAACGCUGCGGCCAACAGUGCUGCUGCGGCGGCCGGUAAUAACCACCAGACGACGAGUUUGCUGGUGUCGGUGCCGGUGUCGAGUUCGGCCGGCAACGUCAUCGGGACGACUCAGCUUGGGAACUCGGUGACCGUGUCGACGGCUAGUCUGAUUGGGGCGAACGCCGGUCAGCAGCAGCAGCAGCACCAUCACCAGCAGCAGCAGAAUACGCAGACGGUGGUGCUCACGAACCCGCAGACCAGCGUCGGCGGGUCCAGUCUUCUUUCGUUGCCAAUUGCUCAACUUGUUACCUCGGGGAUGAAGGGACUGAGUCAGCAGAGCUUGCGGGCCGGCACGCCCCUCACGGUCAAUACCGGCCAGCCGGGCCAGCAGAUCCAGUUGCUCAACAUUAGUCAGCGGCCACGCGUCGGCGGACAGCUUCCAGUGGUGACGUCCGUCACCACGCCCAUCACCGCCAAGCAGAUUGCGGCCCGCGUGGCCCAGCAGCGGAGCAUGGCCGGCUCGACGCUGAAGAUUGCCACACCCAUCACCGCCACACAUCACGCGCAGCAGUUGGGACAAACGCUGAACGUGACCACCAGCGGCGGUGCCACAAACCAGCUGGUGAUGACGGCAAAGCAGCUCCAACAGCGUCUUCAACAGCAACAUCAACACCACCAGCAGCAACAGCAACUGAUCGCAGCCGCCAACCAACAGCAACAACAAUCCGCCACCACGCAAAUUCACAUCCAACAGCAGCAGCAAACCAUUCAGCCGGUCCAGCAUCAGCAACAACAGCAGCAACAACAGCAAAUCAGCAUCAUCAACAACAGCGUCGUGUCGCCGCUUCCCUUGCCAACGAUAACACCUCCGCCGGCGCCAACUCAAGCCCAAGCCCAGGUGGUCACCGCCGCCCAGCAGCACCAGAACGUGAUGAACGCGCUGGCCAGCAAGCACCGGCGGAGAUCGGCAGCGGACAUGAACAAGUAAAUCCUAACAAACUACUUCUUCUACCUUCUACCUUCUUUUCCUGCAAACGUUCUUGGCUAAAUUAGCCGCCGUCGCUGCGCGAGCGUGUGCACGUUCACUCACUAGAAAAGAAAAAAAAAAGCGGGAGAAGCUCGCUCUAGCAAUUCAGCAACAACAAACAAACACACACACAAUGCUCUUUUAGUCACACCCUAGGAUGUAAGAACAAAUUAUGCAAGCAACAAAAAAAAAAUAUCUUUCCAAUUAUUGGGAUGGGAAGAGAUUACCCAACUACCUACCUACUACAACUACUACUACUAUUAGGCGAUGUUUAUUUAAUUUGGAAAAUAAACAGAGUUUUUGUUUUUUUUAAUUUAAAAGAAAAAAAAAUCUG